CGGCCCAGCCACUGCCGCGCGGGCCCUGCCCUCCCCGGCGGCCGGGGCGGACGAUGGAGGGCCUGACGCUGAGCGAGGCGGAGCAGCGCUACUACUGCGACCUCUUCUCCUACUGCGACACGGAGAGCACCAAGAAGGUGGCGUCCAACGGGCGCGUGCUCGAGCUCUUCCGCGCCGCGCAGCUGCCCGCCGACGUGGUCAUGCAGAUCAUGGAACUCUGUGGUGCAACAAGACUUGGAUAUUUUGGGAGAAGUCAGUUCUAUAUUGCUUUGAAACUUGUUGCUGUGGCCCAGUCUGGUCUCCCUCUAAGAGUGGAAAGCUUAAAUACAGUCAAAGACCUCCCUCUUCCUAGGUUUGUUGUGUCAAAGAAUGAACAAGAAUCGAGACAUACAGCCUCGUAUGCUUCAGAUGCUGAUAAUCCAGCCUCAUAUUCAGGUGUAAUUCCCCCCCCGCCUGGCAGGGUACAAGCCAAAAAAGGCUCCGUGAGCCAUGAUGCAGUUCAGCAACGUACAUCAACAGAUCAGGAGUCCACAUCUCCAGUUGUUUCACCACAGCAAUCCCCACCAACAUCUCCACAUACAUGGAGGAAGCACAACCGCCACCCCAGCGGAGGAAAUAAUGAACGACCUCUUGCUGGACCUGGGCCUUUUUGGGCUCCAUUUAGUGAAGCACAAUCAGGCUCAUCUGCUGCUGGUGAUCCCAUAUGGUCUGGCCAUUCUCCACCCCCACAUCAAGAAAACUGGGUCAGUUUUGCAGAUACCCCACCAACCAGUACUCUUUUAGCCAUGCAUCCUGCUUCUGUCCAGGAUCAGACAACAGUACGAACUGUAGCAUCAGCUACAACUGCAAAUGAAAUUCGUAGGCAAUCGAGUAGUUAUGAUGAUCCCUGGAAAAUAACUGAUGAACAAAGGCAGUAUUAUGUAAAUCAGUUUAAAACCAUUCAACCUGAUCUAAAUGGAUUUAUUCCAGGGUCUGCAGCUAAAGAAUUUUUUACCAAAUCAAAACUACCUAUUCUUGAACUUUCUCACAUUUGGGAACUGUCAGAUUUUGAUAAAGAUGGCGCAUUGACACUGGAUGAGUUCUGUGCUGCUUUUCAUCUGGUAGUUGCUAGGAAGAAUGGCUAUGACUUGCCUGAAAAACUACCUGAAAGUUUAAUGCCCAAACUGAUUGAUUUGGAAGAUUCAGCAGUGGUUCCUGUCGUUUCAGAAGUUGGGGAUCAAGCUGGUGAGGUAGGUUACUCCAGCUCUCCAGCAGAAGCACCUCCAAGCAAAUCUCCAUCAAUGCCAUCCCUAAACCAGACCUGGCCAGAACUGAAUCAGAGCAGUGAGCAGUGGGAGACAUUUAGUGAACGCUCUUCAAGCUCACAAACUCUGACCCAAUUUGAUUCUAACAUUGCACCAGCUGAUCCUGAUACUGCUAUUGUUCACCCAGUUCCCAUACGGAUGACUCCAAGCAAAAUCCAUAUGCAGGAAAUGGAACUUAAAAGAACUGGAAGUGACCAUGCUAAUCCUACUAGUCCACUACUUGUGAAACCAGCCGACCUCUCCGAAGAAAAUAAAAUAAGCUCAUCUGUAAAAUUUGUACCUGGAAAUACAGUUGAUGGUUACAGCAGUUCAGACUCAUAUACUUCAGAUCCAGAGCAAAUUGGAAGCACUGUUACACGACAACGGUCACAUUCAGGAACAUCUCCAGAUAACGCUGCACCACCUCCACCCCCUCCCAGGCCUCAUCCUUCGCAUUCUCGAUCAUCUUCUUUAGAUAUGAAUAGGUCAUUCACAGUUACCCCGGGACAGCAACAGGCUGGAGUUGUUGCCUACCCCCCUGCAGUGCCUCCAAGACCACAACCCUCACAGGGCACUGGUCCUCAUGUGCAUCGCCCAGUAGAUGCUGAAGGCCUAAUAGCUCAUACCAGUACCUCACCUCAACAGAUACCAGAACAGCCAAAUUUUGCAGACUUCAGCCAGUUUGAGGCAUUUGCUGCAUCAGGUGUAAAUGAAGAGGAAGAAGAUGAAAUUGAAACACACUCAGAUGUCUUGCAGGCUGAAAAACCCUCUGAUUCUGCAAGUUCUCUUAGAGCUGCCAAAACAGAGGGAAGAGUUGAAGACAAAGCAGCUACUAGUGUCCCCAAUAACACAGGCAAAGGCACUACACCCCUUGCUCCACCACCAAAGCCUAUUCGCAGAAGAUUAAAAUCAGAAGAUGAGCUGAGACCUGAAGUUGAGGAACAUGCACAGAAAACAGGUGUCAUAGCUGCUGUUCUUGCUUCACAGCCAUCAAUUCCUAGAUCAGUUGGAAAAGACAAGAAGGCAAUUCAGGCAUCAAUCAGGCGCAAUAAGGAAACCAACACUGUUUUGGCCAGAUUGAAUAGUGAACUACAGCAGCAGUUAAAGGAUGUUCUUGAAGAGAGAAUCUCCUUAGAAGUUCAACUGGAACAGCUUCGACCCUUUUCUCACCUAUAAGCCAACUGCCGUUAACUGUGAACUUACUAAUUUUGAAAGGGGGGUUGGGUUUAAAGCCUAUUCAAAGAUCCAUGCAUUCAGCUCAAUGCACUCUAUUGAACAUUACAUUUUGUGGUUAUGUUCUGUCCAGUUUUUUCACUAAUGUAUUUAAUUUUCUUAAUUUCAAUACAAAAAGAAUCACAAUCUU